CCUCGAUUCACACUUUGGUACUCCCACUGCCCCCGAGGCAGGCGAUGAGAGCUGAGCACGACGUCAUUAUCCAAUUUUUGGUAUUUUGGACGCGAAAUCCGCUUUUUUCUUGCGCGAUUCACCAUUGCCGGCCCGCCAACGACUAUCGGUUUCCUUGACUUAGACUUCGGAGAUGAUUUUGAUGAUAGCGUAGCAGGUGUGCACUCGAUAAUUCGUCUUCAAGCAUCAAUGCGCGUGGGGUUACCAAUCAUCUGAUCAUUCCCAUCUACUCGGUAUGCCACUCGAGGGGAUUUUCGAGACUCAUGCGCCAGAAUAUCACACUCCAAGCUGCUUUUAAAUCUUCGCAACAAUUCUAGAUGGGUGCCGCGUCUAAUCCGUGUCUGCAACUCCUAGCGAUGAUGCUGGGCCGGUGCUGGACGAGUUCGCAAUCGGAGUGCCAAAAAUACCAUAUCUCUGGGAAAAUGCGAAUACCCCGCCGAGGGGGUGUGUCUUUCUGUGGCAGAUAACCGCCAAACGUUCUAUGACUGUUGCUGCGACUGAGUGCAAAUUUCGAUUCCGCCGAGUUCGAGCCAUUCCACGAUUCCUUUUGUCUGUGAUCAAGCUGUUUGCGACCGAGGUCAUGACUCAGAAGCCAGUUGAGACGGUUUCAGCUGUAGGGCUAGCUGGAUUUGGAUUCUAGGCUCUGUCGGAUGCUGAACGCAUAUCGCUGACGGCGUUCUUCGGCGGCUCCAGCGCACAUGCACAUUGUCCGUUCGCAGGCAAAUCGAAUGGAACCAUCUCGUGUUUCAACGUGUCGCGACUCGAGCGUGGGGUGUGACCUUGGACUUUCGGAGGCCACCAAGGGCUAUCACAUCUACUCUCACCGUGUGUGCCGUUCUUUCGAUUGCGCUCUCUUCGUCCUUGAAGGAAACAGGCCACUAAAUCUUCUGUCAGUGACCUUACGGCGCCGCCUCACAGCCAGUUAUGCAAGACUUUGAUCGUUGCGCUCGGCGAUUCAGUGACCCAGCGCAUUUUGGACUCCAAGUAAACUAUAACAUUCAAUCGGAUCCAUGGAACAACAAAUGCUCCGCUGGAAGUGAUAUGCAAGCCGAUAAUGAGCAGAAACAAAAGGUU